CUCUUCGCCGUCGCCUGUUUGCGAUUUUAUUUAUUUGUUAAUUUAAAAGAGAGAGAAAAAGGAAAAAGGAAUCUUUCGACAAUUUCUGUGAAUACGUUACAGAAAAGACGCUCCAGCUGCAGAUCGGCUCACAGGGACCUUGCUGACCGAUCUUCCUACUGAUCAACGGCGACACGAAACCAAAGAGUGCAUUUGCGUUGAUGCGUGUGGCUGAUCAGAGUGUAGAAUGUCAGGCCCGUUGGAUCGGUUCGCUAGGCCUUGUUUUGAAGGAUUUUAUGGUAGUGAUGAGAGAAGAGAGAGGAAGUCUGAUUUUGAGAACUCUGAGGAUGAACGCAGGACUAGAAUUGGGACUCUGAAGAAGAAGGCGAUAAAUGCAUCUACCAAAUUCAAACAUUCUCUCAAGAAAAAGGGCAGUAGGAGAAAAAGUGAUGGCCGAGUCAGCUCUGUUUCCAUUGAAGAUGUUCGUGAUGUUGAAGAGCUGCAGGCUGUUGAUGCCUUUCGACAAGCACUAAUUAUGGACGAAUUGCUGCCCGAGAAGCAUGAUGAUUAUCAUAUGAUGUUGAGGUUCUUGAAAGCAAGGAAAUUUGAUGUUGAAAAAGCAAAGCAUAUGUGGGCUGAUAUGCUUCAAUGGAGAAAGGACUUUAGUGCCGACACUAUUAUGGAGGAUUUUGAGUUCAAAGAGUUGAAUGAAGUUCUAAAAUAUUACCCUCAUGGGCAUCAUGGCGUGGAUAAGGAGGGAAGACCGGUUUACAUUGAAAGGUUGGGUAAAGUAGAUCCCAACAAACUAAUGCAGGUUACCACUAUGGAUCGGUAUGUGAAAUACCAUGUUCAGGAGUUUGAGAAAAGCUUUGCAAUAAAGUUUCCAGCUUGCACCAUUGCUGCAAAGAGGCACAUAGAUUCAAGCACUACAAUUUUAGAUGUUCAAGGCGUGGGCUUCAAGAAUUUUACAAAGUCUGCACGAGAUUUAAUUACGCGGUUGCAGAAUGUUGAUGGUAACAAUUACCCUGAGACCCUGUGGCAAAUGUUCAUCAUUAACGCUGGUCCUGGAUUUAGGCUUCUGUGGAACACUGUAAAGACUUUUCUUGAUCCGAGAACAACAUCAAAGAUUCAUGUUCUUGGAAACAAAUACCAGAACAAGUUGCUUGAGAUAAUAGAUGCCAGUGAGUUGCCAGAGUUUCUGGGUGGCAGCUGUACCUGUGCAGAUCAGGGAGGUUGCCUUCGAUCUGAUAAGGGGCCAUGGAAAAACCCUGAGAUACUGAAGAUGGUUCUUAAUGGUGAAGCACGACGUGCAAGGCAAGUUGUUAAAGUUCUAAACAGUGAAGGGAAGGUUCUUGCUUAUGCUAAGCCACACUAUCCAAUGCAGGUAAAGGGUAGUGAUACAUCCACUGCCGAGUCAGGAUCUGAAGCGGAAGAUAUUGCAUCCCCAAAAGCUUUGAAGAAUUAUUCACAUCUUCGAUUGACUCCUGUUCGUGAAGAGGCUAAGGUCGUUGGCAAGGCAAACUGUGCAGGUAGCUUCUCGGGUUAUGAUGAAUAUGUUCCUAUGGUUGACAAAGCUGUUGAUGCUGGUUGGAAAAAGCAAGUGGCCCUCCAGAGAAUCCAUGCUGCCAAAGGGACACUUCAACAACCUGACAUCCCUACAAAUCCAGAAGGAAUUCGAGGUCGGGUUUUGGUAGCGCUUAUGGCCUUCUUUCUGACUUUUCUCACUCUCUUCCGCUCAGUGGCUUCCCGAGUAACUAAGAAGCUUCCUAACACAUUGGAUAAUCACAAUCAAAGUAUUCCCAAACUCGCUUUUGAUGCAACAAACAAAGAAGAGGGCCGUCCUCCUUCACCAACAGCACCAUUUACUGGGGCAGAUCUUCUACCCUCUGUACUGAAAAAGCUAGUGGAGCUUGAGGAGAAGGUUGACAUGCUCCAAGCUAAACCAUCUGAGAUGCCUUAUGAGAAAGAGGAAUUGCUGAAUGCUGCUGUUUGUCGUGUGGAUGCCUUGGAAGCAGAGUUAAUUGCUACUAAAAAGGCUCUACAUGAAGCUUUGAUGAGGCAAGAAGAGCUGUUGGCUUAUAUCGACCGGCAAGAAGAAGCCAAGCUCCAGAAAAAGAAGUUUUUCUGCUGGUAGAAGUGUUGCCUGAUGGAGAGAGACUCUACCGAAACAGGAUUUGCUAAGCUGUUUCUCGAAGAUGUGAUCCCUACACGAGUACUUGACUUGACUUGACAUACCAACCUUUGAUCUCACAGACAAUAUAUCAUCUGAAAUGAUGCCACUUCUGGCUUAGUGAGAACGAUACGGAAAAUGACAAUUGAGUUUUAUUUUCUUGAAAGAUGUUUGUG